AUGCUCACCACUAUACCACCAACGCUGCACAGCCCGGGCCGCCCCCGGACGCCGGCCCAGGCUCCGCACCAGCGCCUCCUCGCCCUCUCGCCACCGCCUCCGCCGCCUGCCGCAGCCCUGCCCCGACGUGCCGGCCGGCCGCAGCUCUGCGCCGUCGCGGGCGCCACCAGCGGCCGCCCGGCGCCCCACCCGCGCCACCCCCACGCAGCCCUGGCUGCUCCGCAGGCACGACCGCCCGCCGCCUCCGCCGCCCGCCUCUGGGGGGCGCUCUCGCCGCCCUGCGGCUCCCGGGCCCUCGGCUGCCCGCCGGGGAGCCCCGCCCCUUGCCCCCUGCCCCCGUCGGCCCGGCCCCCACGGCCACCUCCACGGGCAGCCCGGCAGCCGGGCAGCUGUCCGUCGCGUGAGCGAGGAGCCCGUGGCGGCCAGCCUCCCGUCAGGAGGUCCCGGCUGGGCUGGGCCGAGCCCGCACGCGCCAGGGCGCCAGGGCGCCAGGGCCGACGAGGAAGGGCAGGGGGUGCGGGGGGUCGGGUCGACGGCGGGCAGGACGGGCCCCCGCGGUCGCCCCGCGCCUCUGGCCGCACGGGGCCGGGCGGAGGCACGAGGGAGGAGAAGGAGGACAAGGAGGAGAAGGAGGAGAAGGAGGGCCCUGGGGGCCGGCGUACGUUUGGGCAGCGCGGCGGCGGCGCCCGCGACCAAAAGAGGGCGUGUCUCGCCUCCCCGUCGGGGAAUCGAACCCCGGUCUCCCGCGUGACAGGCGGGGAUACUCACCACUAUACUAACGAGGACGGCGGCGGCGGCCGCCCGGGCGCCCGACCCCUCUCCGCCCGCCCGCCCGCCCGCCGGCCUGCCUGCCUGCCCACGCCCACCCGGGCCCUCGACGUCCCGCGCGCCCGUCCUGCCAGGCGCCCGCCACGUGCCCCGGGCCACGGCCCACCCGGCCCGCCCCCCCCGGCCGCCGCGUCAGCGCGCACAGCAGUCCCCCGGCCCGACUCGGAGCGUCGCGCCCCCGGACCCGCCGCCGCCCCCGCCCCCGCCCAGCCGCGCGGGGAUGGCGGCGGGAGAAGACGCCCGACACGGCAAGCAGGGCUGCGCGAGCGAGCCGGAGGCCCCGCGCCGGGGAUGGGCCGCGGCGGGCGGCGGGGGCGGCGGGGGGCCGGACGCCGGCAGCAGGGUGCGCGCCCCGGGAAGGGGGAGGGGGCGGCGGCGAGGACCGCGGCGAGGGCGGCGGCGCCAGCAGAGUCAGUCGGCGGGCCGUUGGCCUCGUCGACCGGGACGCGAGUCCCGUCCGUCCGUCCGUCCGUCCGUCCGUCGCGCACCCACACGGCCGCCAGCCAGCUCCGGGGUCGGCGCCGGGUCCCAGCCAGGUCGCAGUCUCCCCUGGAGGCGUGGGUUCGAAUCCCACUCCUGACACGCCCACCUUUUGGCCCGCCCAACGCGGGCUCUCCGCACCCGGGCCUGGACGACGCCCUGUCUGUCCCGCCUUACACGCCGCUGCGGGCUGCGGGCUGCGGGCUGCGGGCUGGCGGCGCCCUGGCACACGUGGCCCGGGACCCACGCAGCUGCAGCGCCUCGGCCCUCCCGGCCACAGGCUUGGCCAGCCGCGGGCCGAAAUGCCGGCAGCCCCGCGCGGGCCGGGCCACGCUCCCACUGAGGGGCGCGCCUCGCUCGCCUCCUCGCUCUCCCAGCCCCGCCCUACACCUCCCCCCGCCCGCCCGCCGGGAGCGCGGGGUCCCCACGGCCUGUCCUUUCCGCCGGCCCCCAUUCAUUCCGUGGUCUCCACCCCCUCCGUCCCCGGGGCGCCCACGAGGCGUGGCCACCCGGAGGCCUCACCACGGCCACACGCCCGCCAGGCGGGCAGCCGAGCCCUCCGCGCGCCAGCCAGAGACGGGACCCCCGCCCCGUUCGCUGGGCCUGGCCCGGGGGGGCGGGGUGGGGUCCACCCCGCCGUGGUGGCUCCGGGGAGCCCUGAGCGCAAGGCAGCCCUGCCUCCCCGGGCCCCCUCCGCGCCGGAAGCCGCUGCGGGGCCGGGGCUCCAGGACGCCAGCGCGCUCCCUCACCGCGCCGCCCGCCAGCCAGCCAGCCGGCGGCCGCUCCGCCCAAGCGCACCUGCCGGCCUCACCCCCACCGCAGCCCAGCCGGCCCCGACGGAGAGCUGCGGGCAGAGCUCACACGCCUUUCUUUGGCCUCUUGGCUUGGGCGCUACUCGGCGGCCCCCAUCUCCGACGACGACACCGACGCCGACACGCACACACGCGCACCCACACCCCCCCCCCCCACCCCGCGGCACCCCGGGAGCGCACACAAUCCGAGCUCCGGGCCCCAGCCGGCCCCCGCCGGCGCGCACUGCACGGGCCGGAGAGCCAUCCGCCCAUGGGCCUUCGGGGGGGCGCCGGGAGGGAAGGGAAGGUCCGCGCUGAGCUGCGCCGGCCACAGACGCCCCGCGCUGCCUGGGAAUCGGGCGCGGGUCAGGCUUGGCCAGGCUGCUCCUCCCGGCAGGACAGUGUCUGGCGGCGGCCCCGCCCCAGGGAGAGGGCGCAGGGUGAGCCGAGUCCGCCUCGGGGCCUCGCUGGGACCGUGGGCGCCGCGCGCCGGCCCGAGCCCGAGCCCGAGCCCGAGCCCGAGCCCUCGGCGCAUCUGCACGGGCGCGGAGCCUGUCUUGCAGACCGCGGGCCCGCCGCCCGCCCCCGCGCAGCGGGUGCUCACCACUGGCCGUGCCGGGACGACGACGAGCGCCGCUGGGGAAGCCGUCUGGUGGCCGCCGCCACCGGUGCAUGGGUGGUUCAGUGGUAG